ACCCGAGCCACACACCCGAUUGGACAACUCUCCCCGAUUCAAAAAUGCUUCAAGCAUUCAACGAGAACUAUCAGUACUCUUCAAACGGUAGAGAAAUUUUGUGAAAUUCUCACUCCAUCAAAGAAAUGGCGAUGCAAGUUGAAGAAGGUAAAUCAGGAUCAGAGUUCCCUUACUGGAAACCUGUUCACCGGAAGUUUGCUCCUGAUUCUCCCUUUUUCUCUUCCGGCGAUGUUGAGCGACAACUUCUCGACAAACAGGUUGCGUUGGUUUUGACUGAAGAUGAAAUGCAACAACUUCUUGACAUGGAAGAUCAUGAAAGGGAGAUUUUCUGUCCAAUUGUGGGUUGUGGUGCACGGUUAAAUUCAUUAGAAGGCUUUGAGGAUCACUACCAUUCAUGCCAUACUGCAUCCUGUUCAGUAUGCCAUAAAUCAUAUCCAACACAGCGCUUGCUUAGCAUACAUUUGUCAGAAGUGCAUGACUCUUAUUUUAAGGCCAAAGUUUCGAAGGGUUUCUCCAUGUACGAAUGCUUGGUGGAAACUUGCGGGUUGAAAUUCAAGAGUUAUAAAGCCCGACAUCAACAUCUUGUGGACAAGCACAAAUUUCCUAUUACAUAUGAGUUCUAUAAGAAAGCACACUUAUCCAAGAAACAGAGGCAGAAAUACGGGCGUAAACCAGCACUUUGCAAGGAGGAAACUUCAAAUGCAAUGCCAUUAGACAAUGAGGCCGAUGACAGCAUGGAAGAUCUUACUUCUGCUAUCUCCCAGUUAAGCACGUCUGACUCGGUGCCUUCGUCCAUUAGCUUUGGCCAUCGCCACAGUCGUGGCUUGGCCUUUGUUCCUCGGUCUGUUCAGCGUGAGAGAAGACCGGGCUAUUCACCAUCCACAAUGAAUUGAUAGCAACAUAUAUAUACUCUGUAGUUUGAUGUUUUGAAUUUUUUUCUUGAAAAUACUAGUGCUAUCAUUUUUCUUUUGUUUC